GUUUCUCAUAUAUGUGGAUGAAGUAUCUCUUCAUCUCUUGGUUAGUAGUGUUUGUUGGCAGCUGGGUUAUGUAUGCCCAGUACUCCACCUACACAGAACUAUGCAGAGGACAUGACUGUAGGAAAAUAAUAUGUGAUAAAUACAAGACUGGUGUUAUUGAUGGGUCAGCAUGUAGCAGUCUUUGUGCUAAAGAAACCUUGUAUUUUGGAAAAUGUUUGUCCACAAAGCCCAAUAACCAGAUUUAUUUAGGAAUCUGGGGGAAUCUGCAAGGUGUUAUAAAAUGCCAGAUGGAAGAAGCUGCUCAACUUGAAUUUGGUACUGACCCAGAACCAAGGAAGGAAAUAGUCCUAUUUGAUAAACCAACACGAGGAACCACUGUUGAGAAAUUCAAAGAAAUGGUAUAUGGUCUUUUUAAAGCAAAAUUGGGUGAACAAGCAAGUCUUUCAGAACUGGUCAAUCUCAUCCUGUCUUUUGCUGAUGGAAACAAAGAUGGUAGAGUUUCUUUGCCAGAGGCAAAAUCCGCAUGGGCACUUCUGCACCUAGAUGAGUUUCUGUUAAUGGUGAUCUUGCAGGAUAAAGAACAUACUCCCAAGUUGAUGGGCUUUUGUGGGGAUCUCUACGUGACUGAAAGAGUUGAAUAUUCCUCUCUCUAUGGAAUCAGCCUUCCAUGGAUUAUAGAACUCUUCAUUCCCUCUGGCUUCAGGAGAAGUAUGGACCAAUGGUUUACUCCUUCAUGGCCACGAAAGGCAAAAAUAGCUAUAGGGCUUUUAGAAUUUGUGGAAGAUAUUUUCCAUGGACCUUAUGGAAACUUUCUUAUGUGUGAUACAAGUGCCAAAAACUUGGGAUAUAAUGAUAAAUAUGAUUUGAAAAUGCUGGACAUGAGAAAAAUUGUGCCAGAAAUGAAUUUGAAGGAAAUAAUUAAAGAUCGUCAGUGUGAAUCAGAUUUGGACUGUAUUUAUGGUACAGACUGUAGAACUCUGUGUGACCAAAGUAAAAUGAGAUGUACCACGGAAGUAAUUCAGCCAAACUUGGCAAAAGCCUGUCAGCUACUUAAAGACUAUCUGCUUCGUGGUGCCCCUUCAGAUAUUCACGAAGAACUAGAAAAACAACUGUACUUGUGCAUUGCCCUUAAAGUCACAGCAAAUCAAAUGGAAAUGGAACAUUCUUUAAUACUCAAUAACUUAAAAACUUUACUGUGGAAGAAAAUUUCCCAUACAAAUGAUUCUUAGCUUCUCCACCAGCAGA